UAUGGCACCCGAGUAUGCUCUGCAUGGCCGCUUUUCAAUAAAAUCAGAUGUGUACAGUUAUGGAGUUAUGUUGUUAGAGAUCAUUACAGGCCAAAGAUUUAGUGGUUGCUAUCAUAUGAACCCAUUUUACAAUCUAAUUGGUCAUGUAUGGGAGCUGUGGAAAGAAGGAAAAUGCAUGGACAUUGUCGACACAUCAAUGGACAAGACAUAUUCUGAGGAAAUGGUAUCGAGGUGCAUUCAAAUCGGUCUUUUGUGUGUGCAAAGAUAUGCAUCGGAUAGACCAACUAUGACCGCAGUGGUUUUCAUGUUGGGGAACGCUGAUGUGGUACUUCCAUCCCCGAAACAGCCCGCGUUCAUCGACGAGAGUGACUACAAUGGAGAUAUUCAGUCAGCACGCAACAGAACAUGUUCUGUUAACGGAGUUACAGUUACUGUUGUUGAAGCUCGCUAGUCACAUGCCAUCGCAAUUGAACUGUGUAAUCUUUUAAAUUUGAGAAAUUGAAAUACUCCCCUUUUCAGUA